AUCAGUAGUGUGAUGGAUGCCUGCAUGUAGAUUGAACGCGGGAUCGAAACUAAAACCGAGUCCUCCUUGAAAGAAGGGUUAGGUCAACAGCUUAAAACUACAGGAUCAUAUGAAGGAGUCUAAAGACUUAACAAGAGAUUGCUUAAACAAUGUGCCGCACACAGGUACAGUUUUUGAAGUUGAAGGAGGGAAACCUGGGAGUGAUAGAAAUGAAGAAGGCAGAGAUAAGUGUGUUGAAGAUACUGAUUUAGAAGAGAGAGGCUAUGAUGUCGAGAUCACUGACACUGAAGCAUCAGAGGGUUUGCUGUAUGAAGAAGUUCUGACUUCGCUGAGUAAGAGUGCUCAAAGGAAAGAACGACGGGAAGCUCUUUUGGAACGAAAAAAGAAGCAGAGAGCAAGGAUUGACCCAACCACAACAAAGGCCACCAUUGAUGAGAUUGCAACUAAAGCUUACAGCCGGUGCAGCAUGCCAUACUUCUCUGAGAUUGUCAAUCUCAUGUGCAAGAGCCACCACAGGGUCCAGCUUGUUAGGAACCGUUGUUUUGGCUAUCUGCUGGAGCUGGUCGGCUGUCUUGUACCCAGGGGGGUUUGG